UUAGUUAUGUUACUCAAUAUUAAUGACAUAUAUUUGAUCUAAAACUACGUUGUAAGAAAGUAAAAAAAAUUACAAUUUACGUACAUUUAACAAAACAAAUUGCAUAUUGUUAUUUAUUAAAUGAUAAUUUAUAUUAAAUGUGAUUACUUUCAUAAAAAAAAAAAUUAUAAAUUUUGAAAAACAACUGUAAAAGUUGGAAAAUAAUAUGAAAGUUUCAACGAUACGAGGGAUGUAUUUAAAAAGUGAUAAAAUAAAAAUACAAAAGAUAAUUAGAAGAUUAUCCAUUAACACAAAUGUUAGCAGAUAUUAUAAUAACAAUAAAUUUAAAUCACGUUUGGUUGAAGUCACGUUUAAAUCACGUUUCAUUGAAAAUACGAUUUGAUAACGCUGCAACUACAUUUAUAAUAUAACUUUUGUUUAUUAUUUUACUGUAAUUAUCUUACAUGUUUUGAUAUGGAAGGUCACUUGGCUGACCUAAGAAGUGAAGAAACGACGAUGCAUAAAGAUUAUCCAAUUUUGAAAUCAUUUCUCGCUGGAUCAUUUUCCGGAACCUUUUCAACAAUUUUAUUCCAACCGUUAGACCUCAUUAAAACUCGCCUGCAAAACACCGUAAACCAUCAUGUGAGUUCGCCAAAAUACCCGAUGAUAACAACGGUGAUUCAUAUUAUCAAAAAGGAUAAUAUUUUCGGACUAUGGAAGGGAAUGACCCCGUCGAUAACUCGAGUAAUACCUGGUGUAGGCUUAUAUUUUUCUACUCUUCAUUGGCUAAAACACACAAUAUGUUUAGAAGAGCCGCUUACACCAUUACAAGCGGUCUCACUGGGAAUAGCAGCACGUUCACUAUCAGGAAGUUUAUUGAUACCAAUAACCGUAAUUAAAACAAGAUACGAGAGCGGUGUUUACAAAUACGGUAGUAUGAGAGAGGCAUUAAGACUUAUUUAUAAAUACGAAGGUAUAAAGGGACUUUCCAGCGGUUUAGCGCCAACUUUAUUACGUGAUGCUCCGUACAGUGGCCUCUAUCUUAUGUUUUAUACCCAAUUAAAACAACUAUCUGUUAAAAAAUUAAACAGCGAUGUAACAACUCAUUUUGCCUGUGGAAUAGUUGCUGGAAUUUUAGCAUCGGCUAUAACUCAGCCAGUAGAUGUUAUUAAAACUAAAAUGCAAUUAUAUCCAGAUAAAUUUAAUGAUACAAAAAGUGUAUUUAUUUUUGUACAUAAUAAAUAUGGAUACAGAGGUUUUUUUAAAGGAAUCGUUCCUCGAAUGUUGAGACGGACUUUAAUGACAACUAUGGCGUGGACUGUAUACGAGCAGAUAACAACAAACUUGGGCUUAAAAUAAAAAUCUCUCACUGAACGUCUUUUUUUCCCAGUAUUAAAUAUUUAAGACUGCAAAAAGAUCGGCAUUAUGGUGUAUCAUUAUUGUAAAUAUCUAUAAAUCAUUAAUAAAAUUAAAGACAUCAAUUUUUAUAUGUAA